UCUUUCCACAUACACGCAUCAAGAUUGCGCGUAGUUUCAGCAGCAAAAGCUCACGAAGGAAGUAUCAUACAUGUAGAAGAACGAUUUCAAGCGGUUCCACCUCCAAAACGGAAUAAAGAGUCUUUUAUGGCUGCAAUUGCCAACUUCAGGGAAAGCAAGCCACGGGGACAUGUGGAAUUUAUUACCACUGCUUUAAAAUAUUUGAAGGAAUAUGGUAUUCAUAAAGAUCUCGAAGUGUACAAAGCCUUACUGAAUAUUUUCCCGAAAGGAAAAAUGAUUCCCCAGAAUACCUUUCAAAGGAUAUUUUUGCAUUUUCCAAUGCAGCAAAACUGCUGUGUCAAAGUUCUGGAUGAAAUGGAGUGGCACGGCGUACACCCAGACAAGGAAAUCCACGACAUUGUGGUGAAUGCUUUCGGCGAGUGGAAUUUUGCUACACGCAAGAUUAAGCGGAUGCUUUACUGGAUGCCAAAGCUACGGUAUUCGAAUAAGUAUCUAGACCGUCGCAUUGUAGAAGGAAAAUCGCUGACUGCAGCCGAGCUUGCAGGCGUUGCUUUGAAAAUGAUGUGCCCUGAUCCCGGUACUUCUAUAUCGUUAACGAGGGUGAGUGGACACACUCCAACAACCCCACCCACUGAAACGGAAAAGGAUGCCUGGCUUGCUUUUGCCCAAAGUCAUAUUCAAAAGAAUUUAGUCCGAGAUCUUCCUGAGGAUACAGAGGUGUUCAUUGACGGUCCCCACACUGUGUACGUGAUGGAACACCAAGUGCAAUACAUAACAAUGACAUGCACGCCCCUUUAUCCUCCAGGCGACGAAUUUAAACACGAAACGUUCGAAGAGGACUUCUCACAUUGGUUCACAGAAUGGAAAAAUGAACGAUACGAGAGGAAGACCUCAGUUCACGAACAAAAGCACGAAACAAUUCUUGCCCUUGGUGCAAUGCACAGGAAUGACAACAAAACAGCAUCGUUAUGGUUGGAGCGUCUGCAAGAGGAAAACCCGAACUUGUCAAGGUUAAGACCUCGACUGAGGCUUGAUCGAGGCGUUGAAUAUUCUGCUGAAGCUCAGCAAUAA